GUGUCCUGCAAGGCCAAUGGCUCUUGGGCCAAGACUGGCCUGGGGCCUCCAGAGGCCCAGCUCGAAGUCCCUCUUGCCCAUCCGGGCCCAGUUCCCCGAAGAUGGCAUGGACCCUCUUCCUCCCCACUCACCCCAGGAAGGCUGAGCUGCGGUUUACAUCAUCCUUGGGCGUAGGGUUGACCUCGAAGAACGAAUUCGAAGAAAACAGGAGGAGGAGCGGGCACACCACCAUGCCCAGCACCCAUUGGCCACCGGUAAAAAUUUUGGUUUUUGGGGUCAUGUUCCCAGAAGGCCUGCCCUCCCCCCUCCCCAUCCCCACCCACCUCAUGAGGUGUUGGCCAAUCGCCCCGGCGGGCAUAAAGUGGCUGCCAGCCUGCAGGGCUCCCAGCCGGGAGGUGUCACCCCCAGUGGGCGAGGGCUGGAGCACGGGCACCCAGCAUGGGGGCACCACUCACACGGAGGACGCUCCUCAGUCUGGUCCUCACACUCCUGUUCCCAAGCAUGGCAGCUCUGGGCAGCUGCUCGAAAGAGUACAAUGCGCUACUGGAACAGCUCCAGAAGCAGACGGAUCUCAUGCAGGACACCAGCAGCCUCCUGGACCCCUAUAUACGUAUCCAAGGCCUGGAUGUUCCUAAACUGAGAGAGCACUGCAGGGAGCACCCUGGGGCCUUCCCCAGCGAGGAGGACCUGCAGGGCCUGGGCAGGCGGGGCUUCCUGCAGACCCUCAAUGCCACACUGGGCCAUGUCAUGGAAAGACUGGCUGCCUUAGAGCAGCAACUCCCCAAGGCCCAGGACUUGAAGAGGUCCAGGCUGAACACCGAGGACUUGGAGAAGCUGCAGAUGGCGAGGCCGAAUGUCCUCGGGCUCAGAAACAAUGUCUACUGCAUGGCGCAGCUGCAGGACAUCUCAGACACAAAUGAGUCCACCAUAGCCGGCCGGGGGACCUCCCAGCUGCCUGUCCCUGUCCCAGCCUCGGAUUCUUUUCAGCGCAAGCUGGAGGGCUGCAGGUUUCUGCACGGCUACCACCGCUUCAUGCACUCAGUGGGGCGGGUCUUCAGCAAGUGGAGGAAGAGCCCGAGCCGGAGCCGGAGACACAGCCCCCGGCGGGCCCUGCGGAAGGAGGUGCGCAGGACCAGACCCUCCAGGAGAGGCAAGAGACUCAUGCCCAAGGGGCAGCUGCCCCGAUAGCCUCGGGAGCACCCCUUGCCAGUGAAAGAUGCGGCAGGUGCUCUGCGGAUGAGGAACCGUUGCAGGAUGAUGCCUCCGGGCUCCCCAAACCUGUUUCCCUCUACUACUCACCGCUGGGAAGUGCACUUUAAGAGGUGGGAGCUGGGCAGAGUCUUUGUACCUCCUCCAGGCUGGGGGACAGAGUCAGGCUGUUGUGCCCCCUGGUUCCAAGUUCUCCAGGCCCAGUGGGGUGGCCAGGAGGUCCACGUGGGGCCAACUUUCCAUUGAUUCAGGGGUCUGAUGACACAGGCUGACUCAUGGCUGAGCUGACUGUCCCCCUGCCUUGCUGCCCGAGGCCGGCUGGUCCUUCCCUCUCAUGACUUGCAGGGACGUUGCCCCCAGACUUCCUCCUUUCCGUGGUUCUGAAGAGGAGGUCACAGCCUGAGCUGGCCUCCUAUGCCUCAUCACAUCCCAAGCCAGACACCUGGAUGUCUGGGUGACCUCACUUUAGGCAGCUGUAACAGCAGUAGGGUGUCCUGGGAGUCCUGAUCUGUGGGUCCAGGGAAUGGAGCUCAGGUCCCAGCCCAGCCCAGCCCCAUGUGACCUGGGGCAGGUCACUUUACCUCUCUGGACCUGUUUUCUGUUUGUGAAGCUAGGGAGUUAGAGGCUGUACCCCCACCGCCUGUCGGUUGCUGGGAUACCCUGACGUAGGGUGGAUAUCAAAAUCCCUGUAAAUCGGGACAUAUGAUGCAAAUGGCCCUGGGAGGUGUACACGGAGCUCUCUGUAGGAGACCCACCUCCCAGCGCCGGGAAGCCCCUGUCUUCGGUCCUCGCUGCUGGCUGCUCCCCCUGGUGGUGGAUCCUGGAAUUUUCUCACGCAGGCGCUCUUGCCCUCCUAGAGGAGGGUCUCAGAAGCUGCGAGGCCAAUUCCUUGAAGGGACAUGUCUAAUUUAUCGAUUUCUAUCAAUUUUUAUCAGUUUUAUAUUUAUAAGGCUUAUUUAUAAUGUAUAUUUAAUGUUAAUAUUGUGCAAACAUAUAUUUAAAACUUGCCUGGUUUCUAAA